AUGAUUUCUCCACAGGUAUCCUCUGAAAUUCCGGUAGCACCUCUCGAGACUAUCAGCUACGAUAAGCUGCUUGCGGGAGACUCUAUAGAGAUUGCGAGACUAUUGAGCAAUUGCAAAUCUCUUGGGUUUUUCUAUCUUGACUUGACCGGUGCGGCUCAAGUCACCCUGGAUAAUUCAAGAGAUGUUUUCAAGUUUAUGGAAGAGUAUUUUGACCAGCCUCUGGAUGUCAAACUACGUGACGUAAGGCAGUCCGUAACACAUGGAUAUACACCAACCGGCACCUAUACAGGAGCCAAGAGAGGCGAAAGAGACUGUUAUGAGACUUUGAAAGUCGCCGAAGCCGAGAUGAAGUCUCGCGCACCUCAAUUACCGAGCACGGUCAAAAAUAACGUGGAUCUUUUUGACAGUUUCAUCUCAGGAUCUCAUUCCGUGGUCCUGAAGCUCUUGGAGAGCCUUUCCACCGGAAUGGGUCUGACGGGAGACCUACGUUUUGAAGAGAAACACCGCCCCGAUGUCCCUGCCAGGACAACGAUGGUCCUUUUUCGGUAUCCACGACAGGUUCAAGAAGGCGCCGGUAUUGGCCAUAAUAUGCACACAGAUAUUGGCAGUCUCACUUUGCUGUUCUGUGGUGAUUAUGGCCUCCAGGUCCUGCACCCCGAAACAAACCAGUGGGGAUUUGUUGCGCCAAAACCUGGCCACGCCGUGAUCAAUGUCGGAGACUCGUUAAGGUUUCUGUCUGGCCACCAAUUCGCUUCCUGUGUUCACCGUGUAUUGCCAAUUACAGAGCGGCAGGAACAUCAUCGUUACUCGAUUGCGUACUUCUUGCGACCGGAAGACAAUGCCAUCUACGUUGAUAGCAAGGGCCGGCAUCUCUCCGCCAGGACGUGGCAUGAUGAAAAGUACGACGUUUUCAGGGAGCCUCAUGAGAAACAGGAAAAGGAUGCGAUUCUCACCGGAGGUAUGGAGCAGGAUGGAGUUUUUCUUCUAAUCCUGUUGCACAGCCUGUGGUUAUAUAGGAUGCGCGAUUGCUCCAGUAUUUAUACGGCUGGUCUUAAAGGAUCAGCUCUAUCGGUUCUCACUCUUGUUUUGCACGUUUUCGGGGGCCUGGGUUAUACAAAGACGUCCCUACUGCAACAUGGUGUUGCAUUCCUAUUGGCUCUGGUACAAGUUCUUUUUCCUCGCCGACCAGAUGUUUUCACGUCCGAUGGAAAGCUUGUGGAUGGUGAGAAUGGGUCAUCGGCCUUCCACAAAUAUUCCAUGCAUUGGUGUGUCUACUCACUUCGCCUUGCGGGGGAAAACGUCGGCAUUGACCGACUACCUGUGCUGGACUAUCACACUAGGUCCAAGUCACAACCACCAAUCGCCAAUCUCAAAACUUCGCUGUGGAAUCAUAUCAUUCUCCAGCGCGGCAUUGCGUUCGCCAAACAAUGGACAUUGAUGCUUCUGCGAUCUAUGUUGACCUUUGGAUACCCUUACUGUGCUAUGAAGUUGCUCAAAAGCUUGGAAAUAACCGGCGGUCCAACCAUCGAGGCGUGGCUGUGGCUGGUUGGUAUUGGAGUGUCUUCCAUAGGUGAAACCCUAAUUCAUUUUCACCUCGCCUGGGUUCAAUGGUCUGAACUAGGAAUACCGAUUCGUGCGCAACUCAUCAUGGCCAUCUUCCAGAAAGCACUACGGGCCAAGGAUUCAAAGCAGCCAGAUAAUGGUAACUCCAAGAAGGAAAAACCCGAUGCAAUCAAUCUUAUUUCCUCUGACACGUCAGCCUUCAGCAAAUUCACUGCAGUCAACCACAUGCUGCCCUUCUCUCUUGUCAAGUUUAUAAUGGCGGUAAUAUUCCUCAUCCGGUUACUAGGCUGGCAGAGCACGCUGGCUGCCAUCACCGUUACCGUGGCAAGCGUCCCAAUACACACCUUGGUCAUCAAAAAUGAACGAAUGACACGGAAAGACUUAACAGCAGCUAGAGACAGGAAGUCAAAGGCAGUUAAUGAGGCCAUGCAAGCUCUACAUCAGAUCAAAUUCCAUGGCUUAGAGGCUCAAUGGGAAGAACGUAUUAAUCAAUUUCGAGAAGAGGAGCUGAAGCAUUUGCGAAAAAGUUUUUUUGCUAGUACUAUGCGGUCAGUGUGGAAGCUUAUGGCUCCGUUGCUGGUCGCGGCAGCUUCUGUUUGUACCUUUGCAUACAGUGCAACAUCUAUCUCUUCGUCAAUAAUCUUCCCAAUGAUCGAGUUAUUGCCUCACUUACAGGGAACAUUGGGAGUCAUCCCGAUGGUAUUUCAGGAUUUCUUGGACGCUCGCUCCAAUUCACACCGGAUGGAAGAGUAUUUAAGAUGGCCGGAACAGAAGAGAGCCCUAGAUCCAAGUCCGUCUGGUCAGGUCGUGUUCCGCAAUGCUUCUAUUGCCUGGCCAACAAAUGAAGCGCAAGAUCAGACGAAAGUUACAUCUCAUCAGUUCCUUCUCCACGAUCUUAACGUUACGUUCCCACCUGGAGAGCUCAGCAUUAUUCAUGGGCAAACGGGAUCUGGAAAGACCUUACUCCUUCUGGCCAUUCUUGGUGAAGCCCAUCUUUUAGGUGGGAAUAUCGAAGCACCUUCAAUGGCAGAGGGGCAACCAGCCGCUUUUGUGGCCCAAACACCGUGGCUUCAGAGUGCAACACUCAAAGAUAAUAUACUAUUCGGAAGUCCUCUAGACCCGGGGAAAUAUGAGAAAGUCCUAAAUGCUUGUGCACUCUCCCCUGACCUAGCAGCCCUACCUAAAGGCGAUGAGACCCAUAUCGGCCCAAAGGGCGUUAAACUGAGUGGAGGCCAGCGAGCUCGGGUUGCGUUGGCAAGAGCAAUCUAUUCAAGUGCGAAACUACUAGUAAUUGACGACAUAUUCUCUGCUUUGGAUGCCAGUGUUUCGAAAGAUAUACUCCAAGCUCUCACCGGUGAUCUUUGCAAAUGUCGUACGCGAAUACUAGUAACACACCACGUUUCAAUGUGCCUUCCAAAGACAAGAUGCAUUGUUCAAGUCCAAAACAACACGGCGAGCACAACCGAUUCUAUGGAACAAACGAUAAUCACACCCAGCCCAAACGUGAAUGUUGGAUCUAGCCUACCAAUAGAAGCGAACUCGAAAGAAAGGGUUCACUCUACGACCAAAGUCAAAAGAGUCGACGCGCGGAAUGAUUUGACAGUGUAUUUAAGGUACUUUACCGCUGCCGGUGGCCUAAAGUUUGCAGCUUUUUACAUUUUAGGGUUGGUCACCAAGCAGCUCCUAGAUGCAUUAACGAAGUGGACUCUGGGAUACAUUAAUUCUGCAGAUUCUAGCUCCGCUGAGCUGCAUACAACAGUUGGGCUGCAGAAAUAUGUUCAUUUGUACCUUCUAAGCUUGGUGGUAACUAUCAUUUGGGAGCUCCUUUUCAACUUGAACGCCUUCUCAGGGUCAGCACGUGCAUCAAAAACGGUAUUUCGUGAGAUGACUUUCAGUGUCCUCCGAAUGCCCCUUCUUUGGCUCGACACUAUUUCUAUCGGAGGCAUACUCAAAAACUUUACUGCAGAUACUAGAAUGGUUGAUGAUCAUUUGCUCGUCACUUUAUCUGAAUUUGCUGAUUCUAUGGUCAAAAUGAUGAUUAUUGUGAUCGUCGGGUUAUACACGUCGAGGAAUACGAGCAUUUUGACUUUGGCCUUCUUAUACGCAGGUCUACAAGUGGGACGGAUCUACAUCAAAGCUCGAUCAAUGGUGAAACGUGCGGACGUGGAGCCAACCGCUGCAAUCCUCGAGCACUUCACGUCGUCAUCCUCGGGGGUUUCAACAAUCCGAGCCUUUGGUGCCGUGGAUAGAUUUGUAGAGCAGAUGCAUCAUCAUCUCGAUAGACUAUCGAUAGCCCGGCGGCACUUUUGGAUUUUCAACCGCUGGACCGGUCUCCAAAUGUCUCUUAUCGGCAUUGUAUUUAGUACCGUGACGAGUAUGCUGCUGCUUGCCUCCACGUCUAUCAUUGACAUACCAUUCGUGGGGUUCUCACUUACUUUUUCCAUGGGGCUCUCCGGGGCCCUGUUCAAGGCUGUCAAUUCAUUUGGACAACUUGAGACCUAUAUGGACUCUGCAGGGGCGAUUACCGCCUAUGCUAGCCUCCAAACCGAAGACCAAGGGGGCAGAGAAGUCCCAGAGGACUGGCCCUCCCAAGGAAAGGUCGAAGUGAAUGGGAUUCAGGCUGCAUACUCCGCUAAUCUUCCUCUGGUACUAAAAGAUGUUUCCUUUACUGCUGAAUCUGGUCAGAGAAUUGGUAUUGUUGGCCGCACUGGCGCAGGCAAGUCAUCCCUCGCGCUCACGCUCCUACGUUUGAUUGAACCGUGUAGUGGUUCAAUACUCGUUGAUGGAAUCGAUAUCUCGACAGUAAAGCUCCAGUGGAUACGAUCAAGAAUCGCAUUUGUUCCACAAGACCCUGUUUUAUUUUCCGGUACUGUACGGUCUAAUCUCGAUUACUUCCAACAAAUUCCGGACGAGAAGCUGAAGGAUGCAUUGAGAAGCGUCAAGUUAUUAGCCGACGAAGGAAAUUCUGGUUUGUUUAGCCUGGACUCGCCAAUCAGUGCCGGCGGAGCCAACAUGUCGCAAGGCCAGCGACAACUCCUCUGUCUGGCACGAAUCCUAGUACAGGGAUCAAAGGUCGUUAUCCUUGAUGAGGCAACCUCAGCUGUGGAUAACGAGACCGACAAAUUAAUACAAGAGACUAUCCAACAUCAAAUCCAUCGGACCUUGAUUGUAGUAGCCCAUCGCCUGCGGACUAUAGCGUCUUUUGACCAAGUGCUAGUUUUCAACGACGGACAGAUCGCCGAGGCUGAAGCCCCGUCAUCUCGCGUUGCCUUUGAGUAUAUCGCUCGGUUUUGUGAAUUUCAUGGCCUCUAUGACCAGUGUUUUGCUGCACUGGCUGCAGCACUCUACAUUCCGUCAUUGAGCUGGGAUAUUACCAGCAACGAUGUGACUUCUUCUCCCAUCCCGAUGGCAGAGCGAGUAGAUGAAAGCCCGCCCUCUACUCGGAGGGAAGAGACCCCUUUUCGGGCGAAUCUCAGAUCACCCGGUGCUCUUGUCUGCGUGGGUGACGCGUUUUUCCUGGACAUGAUAGAGAUGAAGAGAGUGUUGACAACCCGUGCUGGCGGCGCCUUCCCCGUUAGCGGCCCAGCGUCUCCACCCGUUCCUUUUACUUCUCGACCGCGCGCGCCAUGGUUUCUGUCUGUUUUCUUCCCCGGUCUCGCUUUCUGCUUCCAAUCCUGGUUUUCUCUCCAGAUCACUGUCUCCUCUUCUCUUCGCUUACCAGUCUCUGAAUUCCUCGCCAAAAUGCGUGAAAUCGUCCACAUCCAAACCGGCCAGUGUGGUAACCAAAUUGGUUCCGCUUUCUGGCAAAACAUCUCCGGCGAACAUGGCCUCGACGGCGAGGGUGUGUACAAUGGUACCUCUGAUUUGCAAUUGGAGCGUAUGAACGUGUACUACAACGAGGUCAACAAGAGAAAAUACGUUCCUCGCGCCGUCCUCGUCGAUCUCGAGCCCGUCUCUCUCCCCCACGACCGAGACCGCCCAAUAUCAACCACCGUCGUCUAUCUUGCUGCUCUCUUCCUGCUGCAUCCCCAAUCCAUCGCUCGCGCCUCUCGCCCCCUCUUCCCUCGCCUCGCCUCUCGUCGCGCGACGCUGCUUGCCAUCUGGGAAGACCGCCUCCGGCUCCCCAAGCCACGAAAACUCCCCUCCCACCGACGACCCGACGACCUUCCUCUUCCCCGCCUGUUCUCUCGUGUCGCGGCCUCGUCUUCCUUGGGCUUCGCCAACCAGCCCACUCGCCCUUCUGUCCAUCUCGCCUUUUGCUUGCUUCGGCUUUCACCCCUCUUUAUUAGAUGCUUUGGGGAUAAGGGCGAUGUAGAAGAUAUUACAGAAGCGGAUAUCAUUUCAACGGUUGAGUUUGACCACACUGGAAACUAUCUAGCCACAGGAGAUAAGGGUGGUCGAGUGGUUCUGUUUGAAAGAAAUGAGACGAAAAAAACGUGCGAGUACAAGUUCCACACUGAAUUCCAGUCACAUGAGCCCGAGUUCGAUUAUCUCAAGUCCCUCGAAAUCGAAGAGAAGAUCAAUAAGAUCAAAUGGUGCAAACGGCAGAAUUCAUCGCACUUCUUACUGUCGACUAAUGACAAGACGAUAAAGCUAUGGAAGGUGUUUGAUAAGUCUUUGAAGGUCGUUGCCGAGAACAAUCUGUCCCAUGACCUCACGCCAGCUAGUGUGCUGGGCGGAGGAGCGACUCGACCUCCCCAUCUCUCAUUCAAAGAUUCCUCGGCGUUGAAGCUGCCACGCAUGACACACCACGACACUGUCGUCGCCGCCGUGCCCCGAAGAACGUAUGCAAACGCCCACGCUUACCACAUAAACAGCAUUUCCGUAAACAGUGAUGGGGAGACAUUCAUCAGCAGUGAUGAUUUGCGAAUCAAUCUGUGGAAUCUCAACAUACAGGACCAGAGCUUCAACAUUGUGGAUAUCAAGCCCGCAAACAUGGAAGAGCUGACUGAAGUCAUCACGGCUUCGGAAUUCCACCCUCAGAGCUGCAACUGGUUCAUGUACGCUAGUUCAAAGGGGACUAUCAAGCUAGCGGAUAUGAGACAGCGCGCUCUUUGCGACCAGCACUCCAAACUGUUCGAGCAGGAAGAAGACGCCUCUUCCCGAUCCUUCUUUUCCGAAAUCAUCUCCUCCAUCUCCGACGUGCGAUUUUCUAAUGAUGGCCGCUACAUCCUGUCUCGUGACUACCUGACCGUGAAGAUCUGGGAUGUCAACAUGGAACGCCAGCCGAUCAAGACCAUUCCCAUCCACGAGCACCUCCGGCCUCGACUCUGCGACACGUACGAAAACGACAGCAUUUUCGACAAGUUCGAAGUCGUGUUCUCCGGCGACGCAGAAAACGUGAUGACGGGUAGCUACAACAACAAUUUCAUGAUAUACCCCACCGAUCCGAGCAGAGAGACGGAGGUGGUCCUCCAGGCAGACAAGUCGGCUUUCAAGGCGAAGAAAGUUGGCAUUCCUACCCCUAUCAACAAGAAUGGAAAGAAGAACGGGUCCAGGGCCAACAGCCCUGCUGGCGCAGGCUCUCGCAUGAGGAAGGAGACCGACGCAGAUCAGAUUGAUUUCAAUAAGAAGAUUCUACAUAUGAGCUGGCACCCCUUUGAAGAUAGCAUUGCCAUUGCUGCCACUAACAACGCAUGGCUGAUCCGACCAAUCGCGGCUGCCCCAAAAGCUCCUCCGGAACAGCGAUGCUCCGGUUGCCGAGAUCGCCGCCAAGCAUUGCCCGAAGCAGCAACAGGAUCAUACUGCCUCUCUCCACCGCUCUCCGGAGUCGCGCCAACUGUGGUCGCAGGAGAUCUCUCCGGGGCAGAAACCCAUUUCGUGUUGUCGCAACUUGCCCUUGUGUCCCUCACUGUGCUACAACUACUUCUCCUAUCCAGACGAUCUUUCUCCUGGGCACUUGCUCACGAGAUCCCAGUCUUGCUCCCCCCCCUCUUUUCACCUUCCCCUGCAGCAGAGACAGAAACAGCCGCGAUCAUGAACCCCUCUGGGAACGACAGUUGGCACUCCUCUGCAGGAGGCCCGCCAUCUCAUCCGAACAUGGAACAGUCUCGCCCUUUGGGCUCAUAUGGGCAAAAUCCCCCCCAGCAGGGCCCCUCGUCACAACCAUCCGGACCAGUUCUUCCACCUCCAGCGGGGCCGUUUCAUCCCGUCACCCAGUCCUCAGGACACUCGUUACCUGGUCUCGCAGAUCUCGCGCAGGGCGCUGGCGGACCACAUCAGCCGUCUCCAUAUGGACAGCACCCACAGCCUUCGCAUGGUGGAGGACACUCGCUACCUGGCAUUGGCCAGGCGAUGCAACACCCCUCGCCUCAGCUAAACCGCGAUCGCGAACGGGAUUCCAGGGAGCGCGAGCUGUUGGAGCGACAGCGGCAUGAGGACAUGGUACACAGGGAUCGCGAACAACGUGAGCGUGAAAGAGAACAUAUUGAACGUCAACAACGCGAGCAGCAGCAGCAGCAGCAGCCGCCGCCGCCGCAUCCUGUUCAGAGCCACACUGGCUCGAUCCCAAUUCACCAACCUGUCGCUUCCAAAGUGCCCAACUCUAUUCACGGGCCUAAUGGGUUGCUCUCCAACAUCGGCGGGAAUGCCCCUGCGAACCCUUCACAGAACUCGAUACAGUCGAAUACCGUUGCGAGCUUGUUUGGUGCUCAGAUGCCCCCUCAUCAAGAAAAUGCUGCUCGGCCGUAUAUGCAGCACGCCCAAGCACAACCUUCGCAGGCGAUGAUAAGCUACAACGGCUCUACACCUGCGUCGAUACCGGGCAACGUUGCCGCUCUGGCGCAAGGCCAGCAACCUAUUCUCAACGAUGCCCUGAGCUACCUUGACCAGGUCAAAGUGCGGUUUGUCGACCAACCCGAUGUUUACAACCGGUUCUUGGAUAUCAUGAAAGAUUUCAAAAGCCAAGCAAUCGAUACACCCGGAGUCAUUCAGCGCGUUUCAAAUCUGUUCACGGGACAUCCCGCCUUGAUACAAGGAUUCAACACAUUUCUGCCUCCCGGUUACCGCAUCGAGUGCGGGACAGAUGACAACCCAAACGCUAUUCGUGUGACCACCCCGUCUGGUACAAACACACUUUCCAUGGCCACUCGCCCCCCUCGUUCGUCUCUUGAUUCUGCAGACGAAAUGGGGCCUUCUGGAGCACUUGCACCUCCAGCACGGUCCGAAUAUUAUGAACAAUCAAGGGGCGGUUGGCAGCAGCAACCACAACAUCCAGGCCAAUCAGGAAUUGCGGGAUCGUAUUCUCCCAACAACCGCGUGUUGAACAGUCUUUACGGGCAGCAGGGUAACCAAAACCAAGCCCAAGAGCAUCAUUACGAAUACCAAAAUCAGCAGGAGCAACAAGCUGCUGUUGCCGGUGCAGCUGCUCUUCACCAACAAGAACAACGCGGCGUCUCCCAGCUUCAAAGUGCUGCUGCAGCAACGUCUGGUGUGGGCAGACCUUCUCUUAUGCAGGCAUCUCCUGGUACGGCUUCUGGCAACGGACCCAUGAACAGCUUGGCCGGUGUCGGUGCUGGUGUUUUGCAAGGGCCGCAGGGAGGAGAUUUGAACAAGCGCGGUCCGGUUGAAUUCAACCAUGCCAUCAGCUAUGUGAACAAAAUAAAGAACCGGUUUGCAGGUGCUCCUGAGAUUUACAAACAAUUUCUUGAGAUUUUACAAACAUACCAACGGGAAUCCAAACCGAUCCAAGAUGUUUAUGCCCAGGUUACUCAGCUGUUUCAUUCUGCGCCAGACCUGCUAGAAGACUUUAAACAGUUCCUUCCGGAUACUACAGCACAGGCUAAGCAACAACAAGCUCAAGCAGCCCGACAAUCUGUGGACGAACCUGUUCCUACUAGCAGCGUCCGUGGAGAACUGCCGUACCCUCCUUCUGGUGCUGCGACUCAAUCGCAGACACCCGGCCGCGACGUGAAAAUGCCUCCUCUUGGGCAAUUUAAUGUCAAAGAUUCUAGCAAGGACUCCAAAAAGCGCCGAGGUGGUCCCACCACUGGUCUUGGACCGCAGAUUGCUGGGCCAUCUGUAGACGCUUCCAGAAUGGGUGACGUGCAGUCGAAUCGUGCAGGAAGCGUUCAAGGCGGUGGGAUGAAUAAGAGAGCCAAGGUUCAUCAUACCAAAACAAUGCCUACUGACGGGCCGUUGGUUUCCCCAACCUUAGUUCCGGCUCUCCCUGAGGCUAUUCCGCCAACUUACUCACUCGCACCAAACAGUGAAGAAUUUGCAUUUUUCGACAGAGUGAAGAAGUUUAUCGGCAACAAGCAAACCUUUUUGGAAUUCCUCAAGCUUUGCAACCUGUAUUCAACCGAUCUUAUCGACCGUCACGUGUUGGUCAAAAGAGCGGUUGGGUUUAUUGGAUCCAACCCGGAACUCAUGUCGUGGUUCAAGCGCUUCAUGCAUACUGAAGACCCAGAAGACCGUGUCAUCGACUUGAAGCCAAAGCAGGAGUCAGGCUCUGUGAACCUAGCUCACUGCCGUUCCCUUGGGCCUAGCUACCGCCUGCUGCCCAAGCGCGAACGUCAGAAGCCAUGCAGCGGCCGGGAUGAGCUAUGUCGCAGUGUGCUGAAUGACGAAUGGGCGUCUCAUCCCACGUGGGAGUCUGAAGAUUCUGGCUUCGUGGCGCAUCGAAAGAAUCAAUACGAAGAUGCACUUCACCGUAUUGAGGAAGACCGCCAUGACUAUGACCAUCACAUCGAGGCGUGUGUUCGGACCAUCCAGUUGAUCGAGCCCAUCGUGCAGCAGUUUCUGGUCAUGUCGGAAGCAGAGCGGAGUGCCUUUGUGCUGCCUCCUGGUCUUGGAGGCCAGAGCGAGUCUAUCUACAAACGGGUUAUCAAGAAGGUGUAUGACCGUCAACGCGGCGAGCUCAUCAUCCAACAAAUGUUUGAACGCCCAUGUCACGUUCUGCCGGUUCUCCUGUACCGUCUGAAACAGAAGUGCGAGGAGUGGAAAGCCAGCCAGCGCGAGUGGGACAAGGUGUGGCGCGAGCAAAUGCAGCGGUGCUUCUGGCGCAGCCUUGACCACCAAGCAAUCACCAACAAGGGUAUGGACAAGAAACUGUUCUCUUCCAAAAACAUCCACAAUGAGAUCCAAGCCAAGUACGAAGAAGGAAGGAACAUCCGCAAGAGCGGCUUUCAGCUGCCUCGUCAUCAGUUUGAGUUUGAAUUUUCCGACCCUGAUGUCAUCCUGGAUGCGUCUCAGCUUCUUUUGACUUUUAUUGACCGCAAUUCGGGUGGCUUUGGCCAAGAUCCCCAGCGGGUGAUUGCUUUUAUCAAAGACUUCAUCCCUAUCUUCUUUGGAAUGGAUCGUGACACGUUCCACUUUUACAUGAACGAAGUGUCGAACGAUGCAUCACCGUCUGAAGAGAUGGACGAGGAUGGCAUGGCCACUGAAGAGGCCUCUACUCGCAGUCGCCGUGGUGUCACUGCCAAGAAGCUAGAUCUUUUGCGAGAUGUGCUUGAGCGCCGCGGUGAAAAGGGCACUGUCAGCGCUGUCCCUAGUCGUGACGCAACUCCUGAUGCAGUGCUUGUGUCUUCCACACCUAUUCCGGAUCCGACCGAACCUCUUGACGUUGCUGAGUUGAAGUGGAUGGAGCACCCAGACCAAGGCAAUUUCAACCAGCAGCGCAAAUACACGCUCAACCAGUCAUACGAGAAGAAGGUGCACCAUCUGUACAGCAAUCUCAAUGUAUAUUGCUUUUUCCGCACGUUUGAGCUGCUGUAUAGCCGCUUGUUGAAAGUCAAGCUCCAUGAAAAGCAGGCACAUGAAGAUGUGCGUCGCCAGUCUCAGCCCAAAGCUGCGAUCGAAUUGGGACUGAUGGACAAGAUACCGAGUGACUUUUUCAGUGACAUCAGCCCCAAUGCCAAUCUUUACAAGCAAAUUGUGCGUAUGUGCGACGAGGUCAUCAAAGGCGACCUUGAAACGUCGCACUUGGAGGAGACACUGCGCCGGUUUUAUCUGAAGAGCGGAUACCAAAUGUACAAUCUGGACAAGAUCUUCACGGGAAUUGCACGUUUUGCUAGCAAUAUCUUCAAUGGAGACCCCAAGGACCGUAGCGCCGACAUUGUCAACCUCUUCUUCAAGGAGCGAGACAAGGAGGAGACGACACACCACCAGGAGAUUCAGUAUCGCAAGCAGGUGGAGCGUCUCGUCAAGGAAGGUGAUAUUUACCGGAUUACUUUUAAUCCGGUCACCCAAAAGACAUACAUCCAGUUGAUGACUGCAGAAGACAGUACAUUUGAGAACGAAGAGCUGAGCCAGGAAGCUCGCUGGUCGUACUAUGUCUCUGCGUACACGAUGCGAGACCCAACCGAAGGCGUUCCCUUCUCUCAGAUGCGGAUGCCUUUCCUGAAGAACAGCCUACCGACCAAGUUGGAGCAGGACGAGGAGUACAAUCGAUAUUACCGCCGUCUGGUCCACCAGGACGGACUGGUCAUUCGCAUCUGCGCAAACAGCUACCAUAUUUUGUACGAGCCGGGCAGCUACGACUGGUGGUGGCGUCCUACUGCAUCGAGUCAAGAAGAGGCGGACGAGAACGCCAAGGAACUCACGGUGGUUAGAGAACGUCGCCAAGACCGUUUCCGUGAGAUAUUCGUCAACAACCCGGCGUGGGCGCGGGGACUCAGCAAGGAUGAGGUUGACGCUUCUAAUAAGAAGUUCCGGACAUGGAUCAAUGGCGGCCCCUCGCCUGAAGAAGAAAAGGCCGAGGUAGCGGUUGCUGAAGCUCCUGCUGCUGCUGCUACUGAAGCAGUGCCUGAAGCUGCGGCUGAGGCCGAGGCUCAACCCACUCAGGCUGGGCCUGAAGCUGAAGCCGAACCAGCUGCCGACAAAAAGGAAAAAGAGGAUACAGAAAUGGCAGAUGCCGAGCCAGCCUCUACCAAGAUGGAGGAAUAA